UUCUACUGAAGAACAAUCUCUACUGAUGUAUGUAACCAGAGUUGAUGAGCUAACAGGCCACAUCACUGGUUGAGUACCAACAUGAACUCCACACCUGAAGCAACAACAGAGUUGGUGAGAACUAGGCUAUCUUGCAGAGGUUUCCCCCAUGUAAAGCAACUCAUCCACACCAACCCUUCUGUCCCUCACACAUCAACAACUGCAGCUUAGACUAACAAUUCUAAGCAAAGGUGAGGAGGAAGAGGAAAGGGUUAUAUGAUGAUGAUGAUACUGAUGGUGAUGGUGCAGCUACCUCCAGCAAAUUUAAGAGACAGAGACAUGUAGAAAUAUGGCCACUUAGUCGAGUUGAUCCCACCGCAACAAAGUAUAUAGCAGUUUGCAUGUUAAAAGAAAGAAUGCUACAAUUAAGUCCACUUGAAUUCUUCUUCUUCUUCUUCGUGGGAGCCAUUCCUUGGUGUUCUCCAAGCAUGGGCUUCAUGGGAGUAAUUCUAGAAAGACUAAGUCCUAAACCCGCACUAACUACUGGACUUGCUAUUGGCUUAUAGCAUCCUCGCCGAUAUGGUGCCCACUUGAGGAGACAGUGUGACUUCCCGCUUCCAAAUGCCUCCGUUGCUGCUCGCCUCCACCCUUCUGCUCCUGCUCGCCAUCCUGUCCUCGUCGUCGCCAGCCGCCGGACAGCGCGAUGGCCCCGCCACGGGCACGUCCAGGUUCCGCGAGGCGCCUCUGUUCUACAACGCACCUUCGUGCCCGGCGCCCCUGCCUCCGGGGCCCGACUCGGCCUGCUCCCCUGACGCGCUGGUGCACGUCGCCAUGACCCUCGACGUCACCUACCUACGCGGCUCCAUGGCGGCCGUCCUCUCUGUCCUCCAGCACACCGCCUGUCCCCAGUCGAUCUUCUUCCACUUCGUGGCCACCUCCGCCGCGGGCUACCUCAGCGCGACCGUCGCAGGGUCCUUCCCCUCCCUCGCAUUCCAGAUCCACCCCUUCGCCGACGAACCGACCGUCGCGGGGCUCAUCUCCACCUCCGUCCGGGCGGCACUCGACCGGCCCCUCAACUACGCACGCUCCUACCUCCCCCGCCUCAUCCCGCAGUGCGUCCGCCGGGUCGUCUACCUCGAUUCCGACCUCGUCCUCGUCGACGACAUCGCCGGCCUGGCAUCCACCCCGAUCCCCGACGGCGUCGCGCUCGCGGCUCCCGAGUACUGCAACGCCAACUUCACCUCCUACUUCACGCCCACCUUCUGGGCCAACCCGGCGCUCUCCGUGGCCUUCGAGGCCCGGCGGGCCUGCUACUUCAACACCGGCGUCAUGGUCAUGGAGCUCGGCCGGUGGCGCGACGGCGGGUACACGGAGCGGAUCGAGGAAUGGAUGGAUCUCCAGAAGCGGAUGAGGAUCUACGAGCUGGGCUCACUGCCACCGUUCCUGCUGGUGUUCGCGGGUCGGAUCGCGGCGGUGGAGCACCGGUGGAACCAGCACGGCCUCGGCGGCGACAACUACUGGGGGCUGUGCCGCGACCUCCACCCGGGGCCGGUGAGCCUGCUGCAUUGGAGUGGCAAGGGCAAGCCGUGGGCGCGCCUCGACGGCGGGCGCCCGUGCCCGGUGGACGCCAUCUGGGCGCCCUAUGACCUCCUCCUCCGCACCGCGAUCCCCAUCGACGACUCCUGAUCCGACCCGGAUCCACCAUGAUCGACCAACCCCACCCGAUCCGACCCGAAACUUCACCUCUUCCGUUCCAUGUCACCAUGACCUUCUUCCCUCCUUUCCUGAGGAAGUGUAGAUUACUUAAGCCUUUCUUAGUCAAAUGUAGAUUACUUAAGAAGCCAUAUAUAACUAAGAUUGCAUAUUAAUGAUGAAAUAAUGGAAUCAUAUACUACAAUGU